UGGUAAGACCGCAAGUCAGACGUUAAACAAAAAAUAAAUAUACCAAAUAUACUAUUUUUUCGGAAAGAGAUCUUUUUGGUAACAAUAGCCAACCACACUAUUGUUUACAUUUUUUUGUUGAAGUUUCAAUGCAUAAUAUACUUUCAUUGUGAUGGACCUGCGUAAAUUAUGCCGGAUUUGCUUUGUAGACAGCGCUUCUGUGGACAUCCGAGAGCACAGAAGCAGCGGCAGCUCCGAACAAACAGUUCUCGAGCUGAUUCAUACCAUGUUCGGCAGGAAUAUAGAUCUUAAUCUAACUGAAGAGCUGCCCAUGAUCUGCAGUGGCUGUCUGAAGGAGUGCCAACUGCACUACGCCUUUUAUCGGAAACUUAAGUUUGCCAACCAGCAGCUUCUGCAGCUAUACAAUGACGCAGAGGUUGAAAUGUGCCAGGAUGUGGAAACUCUGAAGAAGGAGCAGCCUGAAACAAAUGCUGAAGAGGGUUUCGAGACCUGGGAGGAGUUUUCACCAUUUGAUUUUAUAGUUCUAGAACCGCAGACAGGAGCAAAAGAAACAGAAAGAAAAACAGACCCUAGUCCAAAGCCCUCACAGAAACUGGCAAAUCAGGACUCGCUUAUUGUCUCCGAGUUCCUUCCCGCCACUACGGCCCAACCACGACUGGAUUUGACCGAAUCCCGCUUGCAGCAGCUAGAAGAGCCAGCCUACGAGGUGCGCACCGUAGACUACGCAGCCGUCGAACUGAAGCACUACAACCUUGACGAGUACAAUGAGACUAAUCGCCUGCUAGACGUAGAGCCUAGUGGCAGCCAAGCAAUUUACAAAUGCCAGUACUGCCCUCUGGCUUAUGCAUCCCCGCAAUAUUUGAAAACCCAUGUGCGCAACUCGCAUGUCUGCAAGUACUGCACCACUGCCUUUGCCAAAGUGCGCGAUCUCAACGAACACAUUCGCCGCAAGCACUCUCACCACCAGUGUGUUGUUUGCUCUAACACCUUUAGCACCAGUAGCAACCUAAGAGCCCAUUUAAAAAAGAUUCAUGGAGUACAACUACCUGCUCAGGUGGCAUUACUCGAUUACAAACCAGCCAGCGCGAGUCAGGACAACCCUGGUACAUAAUAAAAGUGUACUAACAUAUACACAAUAGUAA